CUCUCUCCUCCGCCUUUUUUUUUUCACCAACCAAAAAAGAGAAGAGAAGGGAAGGGAAACAGAAGACCGGGUACUUGCAAGAGACCAAACAAAAGGACCCAAGAAAAAGGCCAGCAGCCAGGAAGGAGAGAGAGGGAGAGAGAGGGGGAGGGAGAUCUGCGGGGCGACGCGUCGCGGUUUUCCGGCGGCAAGGUUCGAUUUUGAUCCCAGCCCACCCCGGAUUCCCCGCCCCAGUUCAUCCCUGCCCAACUCGCGCCGCUUCCACUCAAGUGCUCCAAGAAGAUCCCGAUUUCCGUUGCAGUUGUGGAGUCCCAGUUCCACUUGUCGUCGCCGCCGGUUUCUGCCCGCGCGCUCCCUGAUUCGGAAGUUGCUGGAGCGGAGGGGGGACUUCCUCCGGCUCCCGAGUGUCUGCCUUCUGAUUUGGAUCUGCGGAGGGGGUGCGGAUUGGCUCUCCAAUUCGGGGAGCAAUGAGGGCCUGAUGCGGGAGAAAGUCUCGGCAAGUCGUCGUUUUGAUUCUCUUGGAGUAGGGUUACCUGCCGGGAUCCUUGUCCCAUGGGAUGCGUCAGUUCGAAGCAAUUCCAUGGCGGCGACGAGUGUGGCGGCGAGGGGAAGCCCCGCCGCCGCCCGUCCAGCAACUCGCUGAGGCGUCUGGUUAGUUACAACUCCAGCAAGAGGCACGAGGACUUGGAGGAGGAUGAAGAAGAAGGUGGGGUUGUGGCAGCCACGUCUUCCAGCGUCGGGCACCGUGUUGCCAAAGAUGCCAGCACGGCCAGGCUGAUUCGGAAGCCCCCUGCGCCGGUGGUCGAUGCAGUGGUGCCGCUGCCUGAGGAAGUGGCCGCAACCGCCGCUAGUGUCAUCGAUGUGGAGAGGGCAGUUGCUGCCCCUGUGAAUCGCAGGCGUGCUCCGAAUGGUGUGGCAGAGCAAGAACCAAGGAGUGGUGGCAUCAGAGCUGAGGCGAAGCCAAGGAUCAUAGAUGUGCCGAAUGGAGUGGUGGCGGAGCACGUGGCGGCUGGCUGGCCGAGGUGGCUCACGGAGGUGGCAACAGAGGCGGUCCGUGGGUGGCAGCCUCGCAAGGCAGAGUCCUUCGAGAAGUUGGACAAGAUAGGGCAAGGUACCUACAGCAGCGUGUACAAAGCACGUGAUCUUGAGAAUGGAAAAAUUGUGGCACUUAAGAAAGUUCGAUUUGCCAAUAUGGAUCCUGAGAGUGUUCGAUUUAUGGCGAGGGAAAUUCACAUCUUAAGAAGACUUGAUAAUCCAAAUGUUAUUAAGCUUGAAGGUUUGGUGACAUCACGCAUGUCUAGUAGCUUGUAUCUCGUGUUCGAAUACAUGGAGCAUGAUCUCGCGGGACUUGCUGCUACACCUGGCAUAAAAUUCACAGAGGCUCAGGUCAAGUGUUACAUGCAGCAGCUACUGUCUGGACUUGGUCACUGUCAUAGUCGUGGUGUUUUGCAUCGGGAUAUAAAGGGUGCUAAUCUUCUGCUUGACAAUAAUGGUGCCCUGAAAAUAGCAGAUUUUGGUCUAGCUACAUUCUUUAAUCCCAACCAAAAGCAGAAUUUGACAAGUCGUGUUGUAACUUUAUGGUACCGGCCCCCGGAACUUUUGUUGGGUGCUACUAACUACGGUGCCACGGUUGAUCUCUGGAGUGCUGGUUGCAUCCUUGCGGAGUUGCUGUCAGGGAAGCCUAUCAUGCCAGGACGAACUGAGGUGGAACAGUUGCACAAAAUAUUCAAGCUUUGUGGUUCACCAUCAGAGGAGUUCUGGGCUAAUUUGAAGUUAUCGCGUGCUACCAUCUUCAAACCACAACAUCCGUAUCGUCGUUGUGUGAAUGAUGUAUAUAAGGACUUCCCCCCUUCAGCUUUGGCACUUCUGGACCGUUUACUUGCUGUAGAACCUGAUAAUAGGGGUACUGCGGCUUCUGCCCUUGAAAGUGAAUUCUUUACAACGAAGCCUUAUGCUUGUGAUCCAUCAAGUCUGCCGAAAUAUCCUCCAAGCAAGGAAUAUGACGCUAAGCUUCGAGAUGAAGAAGCUAGGAGGCAAAGAGCAGCUGCAGCCAAAGGACAUGAAUCUGAAACUGGACGCAGGAAGCAACUUGCAGCACAAAAUGGCACUAACGAAUCACAGCAACGGCGAGUUCCGGUUAAUCCUAAAAGCAGUAGUAACAAGUUUACUCCAAAGGAGGAUGCUGUUACCGGCUUUCCAAUGGAUCCUCUGGUAGUAGACAAUGGUCAUGCUCGCCGUGUUCCUUUGAUGAAUGCUGGUCGUUCAUCCUCCACUUUGGGUCGAUCAAGUGGCACAGAUCCAAAUGCCCAGAGAUUCUACACCUCUCAGAUUGCUGCUGCCGAGAUGUCCAACCCAUCUACUGCAACUGGGCAGCGAGGCAAUACUGGUAAGCUGUCUAACCUUGGGGACAGUGCCAGGAAACAGUAUUUAAGAGAGCAUCGGUCGAGUUCAAGGUACAGUCAACUCGCUGCUGCUGAUCAGUCUGACAAACCCAAAUGGUCGCAAUCACAUCAAUUCCAAGAAAGACCGUCAUCUUCCCAUCGGAAGGAUGAAGUGGUGGCAGAUAAGGAGCCUGCAGGGGUGAAUGGCACGAGGAAGAACCGAAUCCAGUACUCAGGACCAUUGAUGCCUCCCGGGGUAAACAUGGAAGAGAUCCUUAAAGAGCAUGAGCGGCAGAUCCAGCAAGCCGUGCGAAGGGCUCGUCUGGACAAGGGAAAGGGCAAGCACGCCGAGAGAGACCAGUCGGAGUCGCUGCUGUACGCUGCCCAUAAUGGCAGGUUGGAUGCGAAUCGGACGUUCCAAAAUAAGCGACCGAUUUCUUUCUCUUGGCGUGCACUCAUCAUGAAACUAAACCCCGAACAUCCGACGGAACAUUGGCGCGCCCAGCCGCCGAUAGCCUCUCCCCCUACCAUUAGCCUCUCGCUCCCCACCAGCUUCGCCGCCGCCGCCGCGGUGUCAUGCGACGGCGAGGGCGGUGGCCGUUUGAUGCGCCCUUCUCCCACCACCGCCGCCGCCGCCGCCUCGCUCUCCAGGCAGCAGCUCCUCCGCAUCCAGCGCUGCCUCCCACCCGUUUGGAGAAACGCAGCACCUGCCCAAGAACCCCCGCCGCCCUCGUCCUUCUCCCCGGCCUCCCUCUCCUCCAUUCUCUUCUCCUGCGCCGCGCACCGCGCGCUCCGCCCCGGCGAGCAGGCCCACGCGCGCGCCGUCACGCUCGGCCUGGCCGCGCACCCUUCCGUCCUCCCCAGGAUCGCCUCCUUCUACAUAGCCAUCGGCGACCCCCCAGCCGCGCGUUCCGCCGUCGAGCAGGCGGCUGGGAGGGCGCGGGCCUUCCCCUGGAACCUGCUCAUAUGGAGCUACGCCGGCGACAGGCUGUGGAAAGACGUGGUCAUGGCGUACGACAGGAUGCUGGCGGUGGGCGUGGACGCCGACAGGUUCACGUAUCCGUCUCUGCUGCGUGCUUGUGGCGAGCUCGGAGAGGUCAACAUUGGCCGCAAGGUUAACCACCGUAUUCGGAGGAGUAGAUAUGAUCUGGACAUCUAUGUCUGGAACGCUUUGGUCGGGAUGUAUGUCAGGUGCGGUGAGCUAGAGGAUGCGCGGAGGGUGUUUGAUGAAAUGUCUGUCAGGGAUGUUGUCAGCUGGAACACAAUGGUGUCUGGCUAUGCAUCGGCGGGGUUGUGGGCCGAGGCGUUUGAGCUGCUUCGGCGGGUUCCUGGGGCAAACGUGGUGACGUGGAAUGCAGUUUCAGCAGGGAAUUUGAAGGCAGGGAACUAUGAUGAAGUGAUCAGGUUGUUGUCUCAGAUGAGGAAUCACCACGGGCCAGGGGUGGAUUAUGUUAGCUUGCUGAUUGGCCUGAAGGCUUGUGCUAAGAGUGGGCAUCCUAGGGUUGGCAGGGAGCUGCAUGGGGUGGCUGUUCGUCUAUACUUUGAUAGGCUCGAGUGUAUGGUAAACUCGUUGAUAACAAUGUAUUCAAGAUGCAGGAUGAUGGGCUCCGCUGAACUUCUCUUUAGAAUGUGCUCAGUUCGGAGCAUCACAGCUUGGAAUUCACUGUUAGCAGGAUUUGCAUUCAUGGACCAGGUUGAGGAAGCUUCUUUGCUCUUCAGAGAGAUGAUUGGCUCAGGUGUCUGUCCAAAUGAUGUUACUGUCUUGACAAUGCUCUCCCUUGUUGCACGGUUUGGAAACUUCUGUCAUGGAAGGGAGCUGCACUGCUACAUCCUUAGGCAUGGACAGGGUGGCUCUAAAUUACUGCAAAACUCACUUGUUGCCAUGUACUCAAAGUCUAGAAACAUGAGAGCUUCCCGGAUAGCAUUUGAUCAGAUGGAAUGUCGAGACAAGCAUGCCUACACUUCAUUGAUUUUGGGAUAUGGAAUGCAAAGAGAGGGUCAUGUAUCACUAAAGCUCUUCGAUGAAAUGAUCGCCAACAACAUGGAGCCAGAUCAUGUAACCAUGGUUGCUGUUCUUUCAGCAUGUAGCUACUCUGGACUGGUCACUCAAGGGCAGCUAUUAUUUACCAAGAUGUUUGCUGUGUUUGGUAUUGCACCAAGAGUGGAGCAUUUUUCUUGCAUGGUUGAUUUGUACAGCCGUGAAGGUUUGCUGAAGGUGUCCGAGGAGAUAAUUGACAAGAUGCCGUUCCAGCCAACUGCUGCAAUGUUAGCGACUCUUAUUGAGGCUUGCCUGAUCCAUGGUAAUACAGAAAUUGGGAAACGAACAGCAAAGAAGUUGCUGGCGAUGAGGACAAACAAUCCUGGUCACUACAAAUUGAUCUCAAACACAUAUAUAUCAGCAAAAUGUUGGCCAGAACUAGCUAAAGUUAGAUCAUUGAUGAGUAUGAUGGAUUUAACUAUGGUUCCAAGUCAUUCCUUGCUAGAACCAGAAUAUGACAUAUGCCUAGUUGAGCAAGAUGAUGUCUUAAAUCAUGGUGCAUAUUAUGACUUGUCUGACCGCACAACAGAUACCGAUUCAUCUAGUAGUGAGGAAGUGAAAAGCAGUGAAGCUUUUGGCGCAUAAUAGUUGGUUCUUCUCGGAUCAUCUUCCUGUUAAGGUCAAAGGUUUCCAGAGGACAGAUACUGAUCCCUCUAUUGAGAGGAAAUGAAGUGCAGUUAAGCUUCUGGCAGAUAAUAGUAAAGCUGGAAUGCAGUACGUUCUUCUUGGACCAUGUUGUUAACUUCUGAAAGUUUUUGCAAUGGUAUGGUUUCUUCAUAGGCUCCAGUCAUUCUAGAAGUAAUGUCAUGAACUGUAUGCCAUGCCGUGAUUUAAGAGUUCGUGAGCUGAAGAAGGUAUUCUAUAUGGGAGGGAGGUUUCCGGCCUAUGAUGGUCGGAAGCGCAUAUACAUGGCUGGUCCAUUGUCAUUUACUUCAAAGAAUGUCACAUCACUUGAAGAUGAUGGUUCUUGUUUGGAGAGGCAUCAGUGGACUGAGAAGGUAGUGAUUAAGUUUGCUGCAAUAGCUGAUCGUCAUCGUCUUGAGCAAAGUUUAGCUGGAGGAGGCUGAGGAUCAAGAGGCCGUGGAAGGUCUUUAUGUUGUCCUGUAUGAGCUGCCAGCA